UUCGCAUUGCCAUAAACAGACACAGCGGCGCAGCAGAUACAGUCCUUCGUGAACGCUUUAAAAUCUAUCUCACUCGCUGAGAGCGAGAACAUAGUGAACAUUUAUUCUUUUUUCGCUUCUUCGACAACACACUUUGCUACUACUUUGGUCCAGAGUGUUCUUGUUUUUCCGCAUGAACUCCGAACAGAAAAAAAAGUGCAUCGAAAUUCGAAUGAAAAAAGACAUUUGUGUCCAUUUUUGUGAGCGGAAAAGAAGAAGCCCUGCUCAUUUACCACGAACACUGAAUUUUAAUGCAACUCGAACUAAACGGAUUAAUUCGCAGUCAAAGUUAUCAAAGUGGAAAAUUUAUGAAAGUUCAGUACCCACAGCAUAACAAAUAGAAAUCUCCCCGGAUAAUUAAGUGGAAAAUUGUGCAAAAGUUGAGCUGCUGCAAGUCAAAAGUUCAAAGUUGCAGAUCUCUCACUUCAUUUCACUUCGCUUGGAAUCAGAUUCAUCUUGACUUUUUCGCAGAACUAUUUUCGAUUUGAAAAGUCAAUUUGAUGUGCACAGAGAGUUAGAGAGAGAGAAAGAGAAAGAGUGAAUUGUGAUUUGUGAUUUGUUAGUAGAUUUUUGCAUUCGACAGUUUAAUCGUUGUGUUGAUUCGAUUUGAGUUUGCUUCCUGUUUGAUGGUGUGUCUAAGACGUUUCGAAAGAGCUCAUCGUAGCAAUAGCAGCAGCAGCAGCAGCAGAAGCAGUAGGGGCAGUGGAAGCGACAGCAGCCAGUGUGCGCGCGAUACGGACGAGAAAAUUAUUCGAUUUAAAAAAUGUGGAUUUUCCUAUGAAGAAGAAGAAGGCUCAUGAAUCAAAAUCUGAAGACUUAAAAAUAGCUCAACGAGCGACUACUGUGCUUUUCGCGCUCGCUUCAUCAACCGGAGAAAGCAAUUGACGGAACACAUAUUCAUUCUAAAAAUGGAUUCGAAUAAAAAUAAAUGAAGGAAAAGUAGGAAAAUGUGAACAAAUAGCACACAUUUUGUUGAUUGAAUGGAGAGCUUAGGAGAAUUGGCGACGACGACAAAAACGACGACGACGAAGAAGAAGAAGUAAAUAAGUCCAAAAGUGACUGAAAAAUGCAACUUUAAAACUGUAUUACACUUCAAGUAAAAGCGAAAUCAUUGCAGAGAUUUUUCUUUUUUUUCCCUCUCAAACAGAGUUCCGAGCAAAAGCGUUUCACCAAAAAAAUUGUAUCGAAACGCUUUUCAUUUGCAUUGUGCUCGGGAGAGCUUCGUCAUGUUCUACUAAGCAAAUGUUUCCCCAUUCAUGUUAUAAAAUCACUUAAAAGCACAUCGCCAAACGCGCAAAUUAAACGCAUCUAUACGUUUUUGAACGACGUGGAAGAAGACGACGACGACGACAACGACGCCAUUCAAACGGGCGAACGAGAACCAGCCGAUAAAAGGCAGUUUGUUCUCAACAAUUUAGUUAACAGCAGAAAAGUGCAAAGUGCAAAGUAAACAACUUGAACAUUCGCACAUUCACACAACUUACACACACACACUCACAAUAAACGACGGUAAAUAAAUGAUGGAUUUGCCAACAAUUGAUUCAAAUGAUUCACAAAACCAUGGGCAAAAUGUGUGUUGUCAUCGAAUCUCGAACGAUGCUCGAAUCGAAUGUGUAAAAAAGUUGGUGCAAUACAAAAAUGGUCAGAACAAAAUUGCAAACCCGUUUCCCUCAUCCACAUCCAAAUCAGCACGAAAUCGAACCACAGCAACUGCACUUUUACUGUACUUCUCGUAUACGUUAAGCAUUCACUUAUUAUGGACCAAUUGUGUGAUAUUUACCUUGUGUGAACCUGCACAGCUCAAAUUAAACGUAAACCCAUCGUGGAACUUAUUGCAUCAUCAGCGAACCGAAAGCAAUAGAAGUCUAAAUAGCAAUAAUAGUCACAAUAAUUUGAAAUCUAAUUUAGGCGAUGUAUCCAGUCUCAGUCACAGUAGUAGUCCUAAGUUAAAUGGUGUUGCCAUCAAAAAUAACAGCAGCACCAGCAAGAAAAACGACAAUGGCAGAGCAGCCGACGCCAAUCAAUUUGAUUUUUUAACGAACUUCCCUGAAUUCUCUGCAAACCGCGAGCUCGAUUCGACAGCGUCACUACAGGCAAUCGAUGUCAAUCACACAACAAGAGCCAACGAAGCCGUGUCACCAAUGCCGAUACCGAUACGAGUUGGAAUGAGAAUGGGAAUGCGAGACAAGCACUUUCACACGAUCAACCGUUUGAAGCGAUUGAAAAGGACAACGUCGCUUGUGACGCGACGCUGGCACAUAGCACACAGACUUUUCAGCAAACGAAACGAAUUUAGGCGUCGCAUCAAUGUUGAUGAUGAUGAUGAAAUUAGAUUUAAACGAUAUCAAUCUGAAAGUGAAAAUGUGAUAAAAUCAGCUAAAAAUCAUGCAAUCAAAAGAAAUGUUAACACUUUUACAACCGAAGCUUUAGGUGAUAAUUCAAAUUUAUCAAUAAUUAAUACAGUAUUCCCGAAACCGAAAUCAAUUAAGCCAUCAUCACAGCGACUGAAUGGAUUAAUCACUACAACAACAACGACGAGGACGACGACGACGAUGACGAUAACAACAACAUCAGCUCCAACAAGCAUUUUCGAUGCUAAAUCGAUUUUGUACGGCAGCGACGGCAGCGGCAGUGACAAAACUACCGAUUUGGUAACCAGUGCCGUACCCACAGCAUUCCGGCAAAAUCAGCCGAAUCAAACUGUCAACGGUGACAGAAAACUAAAAGCAAAUAAUAGCACCACAAUCAAUCGAAUGGAAAAUAAUCGGAACAACAACAGCCGCACUACAAGCUAUAGCAAUGUCACAGCGUCCAAAACAGCAUCAACAACGACAACGACAACGGUUGCGACUACAGUGAAUCCAAUAACGAGAAAAUUUUCAUCUGGCUCGACACCACCGGGUCGAUUUCGAGUUAACGACGUUUUCGAAAUGGACACGAAACAAAAGUAUUAUAACUACAGUGGCAGCGGCGGCGACGGGAGCAGUUACAGACGGAACAAGGACAAUCAAGUCACAUCAUUUGAAAACGACGAACAAAACAAAUGGCAUGUACAAUAUCGAAAUGGAAAACGAAUCAUAUCAUUACUGGGAUUGUUUGAGCUAAGCACACGAAACGGUUUGCGAGUUGAAGGUCUGAGUGAAUUAGCUGCUGCCGAACUUGCCGUAAAACAUAUAAAUAAACGAGAGCGUCUUUUGCCCGGAUAUACAUUGCAAUUGAUUACGAAUGAUACAAAGUGUGAUCCCGGAGUUGGCGUCGAUCGAUUUUUUCAUGCCGUAUAUACGAAGACUAUGACACGUGUACAAAUGCUGCUCGGUUCGGCAUGUUCCGAGGUAACCGAAAGUUUGGCUAAGGUCGUACCCCAUUGGAACAUUGUACAGGUAUCAUUUGGAUCAACAUCACCGGCAUUGAGCGAUCGCACCGAAUUUCCAUUAUUCUAUCGAACCGUCGCACCAGACAGUUCCCAUAAUCCGGCUCGCAUUGCGUUCAUUCGACGUUUUGGCUGGGAUACAGUAACAACAUUCUCGCAGAAUGAAGAAAUCCAUAGUUUGGCUGUAAACGAUCUAGUAACGGAAUUGGAAAAUGCCAAUAUCUCGUGUGCUGCAACAAUUACCUUUGCCGAAACCGAUUUUAAAAACCAAUUGAAAAUGCUACGAGACCUGGACACGCGAAUCAUAAUCGGAAGCUUUUCGCAUGAUUUGGCACCAAAAAUAUUCUGCGAGGCGUACAAAUUGGGUAUGUUCGGAGCUGAUUACGUGUGGAUUUUGCACGAAAUAGUCGGUGAGCCAUGGUGGCACAAAACGACACACGAAUGCAGCCAAAAACAAUUGCAAGAGGUUUCCGAGAAUCUGCUGAUAGUGUCAAGUCACAAUAGCAUUGUCAGCAACGAAAUCAGCUACAGUGGAUUGACCUAUUCGAUGUUUGUGGACGAAUUGAAUUCGCAACUGAACGAGUCUCAACCAGCACCGUUAUCGCGGUAUGCAGCUCAAACGUAUGACGCAGUUUGGGCAAUUGCUCUAUCACUUAACGGUGCUGAAACGAAGUGGAAACAAUUGAAAAGCAAUUCCUCAGCAAGAUUACAGCUCGACCACUUUGAUUAUACGCGAUACGAUAUGGCACUGGAGUUUUUUCAUCAGUUUAGUCGACUGAAUUUUUUGGGCGUUUCGGGUCCGGUGAGUUUCAGUGGAGCCGACAGAAUUGGUAUUUCGGUUUUCAGUCAAGUGCAGGAUGGUCGAUCACAGUCGGUUGCUUUGUUUCAUCCGUCGAAGCUGCAUUUGGAUUUUGAUUGCCUGAAAUGUGUGCCCAUCAAGUGGAAAAAUGGCCAGGUGCCGAUUGCCAAGAGAGUCUUCAAGCUGCGCGUUGCAACCGUAUCGCCGGUUGCAUUUUUUAUCGUAUCAACACUCGCUCUAAUCGGCAUCAUAUUGUCGAUUUCGUUUCUGGCAUUCAAUUUACAUUUCCGUAAAUUAAAAGCGAUUAAAUUAUCCAGCCCAAAACUCAGCAACAUUACCGCUUUCGGUUGUAUUUUGGUUUAUGCAGCUGUCAUACUACUCGGUCUCGAUCAUUCUACACUUCCCGCAACGGAAAAAGCAUUUCCGGUUGUUUGUGUCAUAAACGAUCCGGUUAUUCAUAGUAUGGGAUUAAAAAUGGAAUGCAAUACACGUCGCUUUAUGAUCGACGACAAGCGUGAGCUUCAGUAUCGUGUCGAGGUGCAAAAUCGUGUGUAUAAAAAGGAGUUGGCAGCGCUGGAUAUUGAAAUUGGAAAAUUGGAAAAGUUACUCGAAACGCCGUCGUCAACAUCAUCGUCUGACCUAUCGAUACCACGACUCAUUAAACACGAAUUGGCUGUGGUAAAUGAGGAAAAUGAAAAAUCAUCCACGUCAAGACAACAGCGUGCACCAAGCAUCGGUGGUGGUCUACCGCUGUUGCUUCUGUCGGUUCUACCACCUGUGAUUCCACGUGCCAGUUGGCCAUCGGCUGACAUGGGCAAUAACAUGAUGCGAAAGUCGGUAACAUUCAGUUCACAGCCGCAACUCGAGGACGAAUCUUGUGUUGCACGUUUGCCAGCCAUUGAUUUAUUACAUUUGCGUUUAACACAUCAGCAGGCAACGGCCGAUGCGCGAAAGGGUCUCAUCGAUCGCAUCAUCGGUUUUUUUGGUUCAAAACCACCAAGUCGCAAAGCUUCAACAUCCUCAAUUGCAGGAGGUUCGUCCGGCAUUGCAGCCGCACUCAAGGUGCAUAUGGGUCUUUUUUCCAAUAUCGUGCCAGCAGCAUCAUCAGCAUCAUCAUGCAAUGCCAUUGAUCGGGCCGGUAUGUAUCCGUUGCGUAAAAUGUCAAUUGCACGCAGCGGAAAUGCCAUCAACACAAGGUGCUCGUCAAUUACAUACGAUCCACCGUUUCGUGAGCGAAGCAUAAACUUACCGCCGCCACCACCAUUUAUCAUAAGCACCGAAUCCGAUUCGACAAACACAUCGCGCAAAAAUAUUUACGUUGACACGGAGCACGAGCCAAAAGUGAAUUUUUAUUUACCAUUAGGUCGUCGUGCAUCGAUUCUAAACCAGCCAACUUUGAGAGAACGUGUAAAGGGUUCACCACGAUUUCCACAUCGCAUCGCGCCAACAAGCAGUUUGAACGCACUUGUUGAAAGCACCGAAGCAUCAGGUGCCAGCAGCAGUAGCAGCAAAUCAAAAUGGAAAUCAAUGGAGGAUUCAACAAUGUUUGCCUCAAGUUCGACAUCGUUUAAUACGAGCAACUGUUAAAAUAUGUGCAUCAUAAAACUCUCUUCCAUUCUCCCUUUUUCUCUCUCUAACAUACCCAAACUUCCUCCGCCUCUCUGUCCGUCUCUCCCUUUCGUCUCUUGAGCACUCACCCGUCCUCGAAGCAAACGAGACUCAUAGUCGAGCAGUAGUAGUAAUCCGCAGCAAAAACAUCGUACGAAAAAUUAGUUUGAAGCAGAAAAACUUUUGCGGUGGUUAAACGAAUUGUGAACGGUAAACGAAGCGAAAAAAAGGCGAACUACGAAUGCCAAUACGUGCAUUCAACAAACGGUAAACACCAUAGUUAUACACAGUGAAUAACAAGCAUAGGCACAGCUACAGCCACAGUCACACGAAUACAGUCUUUGAACUUGAUAUUUUGUUUUACAAUCUGAUUAUAAUCUCACAAAAACCAUCAACCACACUGAACCGCUACCGCUCUAUCCGUCUCCGAUUUGUCUAUCGAUCGCAGGCAGACAGGCAGGCAUACACAAACACAUACAAUAAUUAACUGAGUAUGCAAACUGAAAAUUGAAUAUGUGCGAAAAGCAUGGGCUUGAAUUUCGUAUCCAGUCGGUAUUGUAUUCGGUAUUGACGACGGUAAAACAUGCAUCUGUGAAUCCGGUUUCAUAUUCAUCCAUUCUCGCGCUAUUUUCAAUCUCUCUCUCCUUCUCCAUUAGUUCACUAUUUUCCAAACAGCAAUUGAAAAUUGUAAAGUUUUAGUAAAAGCAAUUAUUAUUGUUAUGAAAGCAAUGACAAUUACAACCAGAACCAUUCCAAUUGAAUUGGAAUCGAUUUAAUAUCAUUUUUCAGAAACUUUUGGCAAUCAUUACAAUCCAAUUAAGUGAAUCAAAAUUUGUGCAGCUAAUUUUAAAAGUAAUUUCUAUAAUUUAUGCAAUAUGUGCGAGAAAACCGAACACAUCACCCACACAUAUACUCACCUAUUCAUAUACAUUCCAAAUACAAUGCAAUGCAAUGCGUAUUGCAUGCGACAAGAUAAGGGUAAUUCAGUAGAAGAAUUUUGUGUAGCGUAAUUAUUAUUCGAUUGAGUAGGUAUUUAAAAAAGCUUUGAAUUUGACCUGAAUCGGUUUUUCGAUUCGAACUCGUAUGUUGAACGGGGUUUUGUGAAACAUGAAACAAAAAAAAUACACUUUCUCUCUUUGGUUUUCACCAUCACCCACCAGCAUCAACAUCAUCUCGUGGAUAAAAUAUGUGAGACUGAAAACGCGAUUUUUCUCUUGAUAUGUGGUAAAUAAAAUUUGGGAUUAUUUUUUAGCAUGCGUACACAUCGAAACUAAGAUGCGACAUGCACUCAAUACGCGGAUUGAAAGCGACGAAAGAAGAAAAUCCAAGCGGAAAAUGAACAUAAUAUGAAACCAUCAUUUUUUCACGAAUAAUUAACUGUCUUUGUGUACAUGUGUGUUCUACAUUCCCGAAACACCCAUUGAAGCUUUCAACCCAAACGUAUAAAAUAUUCAAGCAUCAUAAAUAGCUCAUUGAAAACGUUGAGCAUCAUAUUAGAGAAAAAUAAGCAAGAGAAAACUUGUAUUGAACAUAACAAUAGCAAUUCAACAUUUGUGUACAUGAUGAAAAGAAAGAGAAACAUAAAAAGAACAGAAUAAAAACUCUAUUUAUUGUAUUAGCGGGAUCAAACAAAUGAACGUUAAAAGCCAAUUUCUUUAGAAAUAUGAAUAAAAUCCAUCUGAAAA